AGGAUGAAGCAGGAUAUUCUUUUGGUUGGUUCAUGCUGUGUCAACAUGGCGCCUGGUGACGGACAGUCUGCAGACAACGUCAUCGCUAAGGCUUCCGGGCUGCUUGAUUCCCACUUGUAUCUAGUCCGGAAUAUCAGCACAGGGUUGGCAAUAGCUGGCAUCGUUUUGUGCGCCAGGAGCAUACGACUGCUUACAAAAUUUACACAAGCUAAAGACAUCCCGGAACAGUUCAUAAAGAAGAAUGUGAAACUGCGCGGGAAAGUAGUUUGUGUGAAUGAAGAAACCAUAGAAAUCGAUCACAUUCCUAUUAGUCUCCCUGUUCUGAGAUCUGUACAGAAGAAAUGGCAUGGGCAGGGCAGCCUGCUGGUCAGACUUGCUGGAGUUGAAUUGACACAGGAUGGCAAGAUAUGGUUACAGAACAAUCUCCAGCCCUCAGAAAUGCUGUGGUUUCAGUUACUGAACAGAGAGGACUCAAUGCUAGACUGCUUUGUCUUCAUCAACAGGGGAGGUUUCAUCAAUGACUGUCUGAAUGUGGUGCUAUUAAAAGAAGGACUUGGAAGAACAGCUCAUAUUCGGGGUGUACAUCAGGGACCAGGACAUCACUUGGCAUUUUACAAAAGACUACUUCAAGCAGAAAUCAAGGCACAGAAGGCACGGAAAGGGCUCUGGAAACAAGAGAGCCAGAUGAACAUACUGACUAAUGCAGUUCUCAGUAAUAGUAUUAUUCAGCAUGUGAAGCAAUUCUUCAGUUUGAUGACAAAGUACUGGAAGAAAUUCCGGUCCUGAAUUGUAUGCCGGUGUGUUUCUGUAUGAAGCGUGAUGGCCCUAGUCUGCAGUCAACAGCUUUGUCUGGAUGGCAGCAGUAUGACAUCUACACAAAAGCGGUGCACACCUGAAGCGUUAUAUGUUCAUAUGUACCUCCGAGGGAGGGAAAAGUUUUCUAAUCCCUUGUGAGUGUUUCCAACAUACACAUUAGUGCAUUCACCAGCAGAUGAUCUUAGGGAAGAGAAGGAUUCGGUGAACUGAAUUUUUUUUCAUCCAACCUUUUGUUCUCCAGGGAGAUAAGCUAUUGCCGGAGGCAUCUGGCAGUGGCUUUCUCUUCUGUCCUCUUCAUAAUGCAUACAUUCUGAGCCAAACCAAGCUUGUAUGUGUAUGGGGGAGAUGGCUGUCAGGAGAACAUUUGGCCAUCAGCUUUCCUCUCUCUGUUUGUGAGAACACUCUGAUUGUGAUCAUUAAAGGGUUCUUCCGGAAUUUUUAUAUUGUUGGCCUAUCCUCAGGUUAGGUCAUCAAUAUCAGAUAGGUGGGGGUCCGACACCCGGCACCCGGCACCCCUGCCGAUCAGCUAGUUAAAGAGAAGUCCACGCUCCGUACGAGCGUAGCCUUCCC